AUGGCGCUGCGAACUUUGUCUCAGAAAAUACUUGCUACCUCUCUUGUAGCCGUUGUCACCACCGCUGGCGUCUACGGCUUCACAGUUCGAAAGAGGGUAUCCAUAGUGGAUCGAAAUCUCAUCACGCGGUCUACCACUAUUCCAUCGACUUUUGAAAAAUCAAAGUCUGUCAGUGAGAUUGUCAAUUUCAAAGACCAUGUUCACCACUCGGACUGGCGCUACAUCACCCUCGAUAUACCCGCCCAACACGACGUACCCGAUGAAGUCUUACUGGCAAGAUUCGUCAAGGGGUUCUUUGGAGGAGCUGUGUUAAGACCGGAGAGAUUAACGCUGCAGAUGCUUGGUAUCAAACUUGUUCACUUCUCCAGAGCAGCCCAAACAACAGCGUUAUGGUCACUAAAAGAUAUCCCUGAGACCAAGUUACUUCCAGAUAACUCAGUCUUGUUCGGAGUCUUCCAGGUCCUAGAUUCACGGAUUGCCAAGGCAGACGAUAUCAAACACCCACCAAAACAGACAGAGAGUUAUGUGGAUUUUGCAUUCGGCAGUGAUGAGGUGGGAUUCGCUGGUGUUCACAGAUUCUCUGUUGUGAGAUCGCAAAAAGAGCAGAGUGAGGAGCAAACAGUCCAGAUUCACUUCCAGCAUAUGACUUGUAAUCCAACCGUCAACAAGCCUCUCCGUAUGCAGUGGAUGCUGGGAUUUCACGAGAUGUAUGCAGAUUAUCUGUUCCGGGACGGGGUUGGAGAGAUUAAAAGAUGGAUGAGUCAGGCUAUUGGUAAUUAG